AUGGCUACUUUAGAAGAAUUAGAUGCACAAACAUUACCUGGCGAUGAUGAAUUGGAUCAAGAGAUUUUGAAUCUAUCUACACAUGAAUUACAAACUAGAACAAAAUUGUUAGAUAAUGAAAUUCGGAUCUUUAGAUCUGAAUUACAACGACUUUCUCAUGAAAAUAAUGUUAUGGUUGAAAAGAUAAGAGAUAAUAAAGAAAAAAUUAAAAAUAAUAAACAAUUACCUUAUUUAGUAGCUAAUGUUGUUGAAAUUAUGGAUAUGGAUGAAGUUGAUGAUACAGAAAAUAAUGAAUCUAAUACACAAGGUGGUAAUGUUAAUUUAGAUAAUACAGCUCAAGGGAAAGCUGCCGUGGUGAAAACUUCAUCAAGACAAACUGUUUUCUUACCAAUGGUUGGUUUAGUAGACCCAGAUAAAUUAAAACCAAAUGAUUUAGUUGGUGUAAACAAAGAUUCUUAUUUAAUUUUAGAUACAUUACCUUCUGAAUUUGAUUCUCGUGUGAAAGCGAUGGAAGUUGAUGAAAAACCAACUGAAACAUAUUCUGAUGUUGGUGGGUUAGAUAAACAAAUAGAAGAAUUGGUCGAAGCAAUUGUUUUACCAAUGCAGCGUGCUGAUAAAUUCAAAGAUCUUGGUAUUAGAGCUCCAAAAGGUGCAUUAAUGUAUGGUCCACCAGGUACUGGUAAAACAUUAUUAGCUCGUGCUUGUGCAGCUCAAACUAAUGCUACAUUUUUAAAAUUAGCUGCUCCUCAAUUAGUUCAAAUGUUUAUCGGUGAAGGUGCUAAAUUAGUUCGUGAUGCAUUUGCAUUAGCUAAAGAAAAAGCUCCAACGAUUAUUUUUAUUGAUGAAUUGGAUGCUAUAGGUACAAAAAGAUUUGAUUCUGAAAAAUCUGGUGAUAGAGAAGUACAAAGAACAAUGUUAGAAUUAUUGAAUCAAUUAGAUGGUUUCAGUUCAGAUGAUCGUGUUAAAGUAUUAGCUGCUACAAAUAGAGUUGAUGUCUUAGAUCCUGCUUUAUUAAGAUCUGGUAGAUUAGAUAGAAAGAUAGAGUUCCCAUUACCAACUGAAGAUUCCAGAGCUCAAAUUCUUCAAAUCCAUUCUAGAAAGAUGACCACUGAUGAUGAUAUUAACUGGCAAGAACUUGCAAGAUCCACAGAUGAAUUCAAUGGUGCUCAGUUGAAGGCAGUCACCGUUGAAGCCGGUAUGAUUGCGUUAAGGAAUGGUCAAUCAUCUGUUAAGCAUGAAGAUUUUGUAGAAGCCAUUGGUGAAGUCCAAGCAAGAAAGUCGAAGUCUGUGUCAUUCUACGCAUAA